UGUAAACUUUAAUUUUGGUGCGUGUGUAAACAAUGUUGGAUAACGCAUUUUCUAUAUUUACUAUAUUUGACUAAGAUUUGUUGUCAGUGGAAUCAAAUUAUCCACGUUAUGAUAAACUUUAAAGUGACUAUGUUAUCAGACCGCGAGGCGUGACUGUUGGUUUUGGAAGUUGAGUUCUGACGACGUUCGACCGUCAGAAUAGGGCAGUAACUUUGUUGUCUGUCACAAGACUUCUUGAUUGUUGAUAAUUACUACGUCAGCUGUCACGCUGAAACCCAUACAGUUUGUUGACGUCAUGAUGAAUGGGGUUGAUGAUUCUGGACAUCGUACAGACAGUACUGAAGAUCACGAUGAAAAGAUUUUGUUGGCUCCCUAUGAAUACAUCUGUCAAAUCCCAGGCAAGAAUGUGAGAUCAAAGCUAAUUGCAGCAUUCAACUACUGGUUGAACAUUCCGACUGACAAACUGAAACUAGUAGCAGAUGUCAUCCAGAUGUUACAUAAUGCAAGCUUGUUGAUUGAUGAUAUAGAAGACCAUUCAAGUCUACGAAGAGGAAUUCCAGUUGCCCAUAAUAUCUUCGGUGUUCCCCACACGAUCAACUCGGCAAACUAUGUCUACUUUCUUGGUCUGCAGAAAGCUCAGCUGCUUAACCAUCCAGAUGUGAACAAAAUCUUCACAGAACAGCUGCUAGACUUGCACCGGGGUCAAGGAAUGGACAUCUACUGGAGAGAUGCUAAUGUUUGUCCCACAGAAGAGGAAUAUAUCCUGAUGGUCAUGAGAAAAACUGGAGGACUGUUUGGACUUGGUGUGAAAAUGAUGCAGCUAUUCAGUGACAUCAAGAGUGACUUCCAGCCGCUGAUUGGUGUGUUAGGACUCUACUUCCAGAUCAGAGACGAUUACGCAAAUCUUAAUUCAAAAGAGUAUGAAGCUAACAAAAGCUAUGCUGAAGAUCUGACAGAGGGAAAAUUCUCAUUUCCAAUCAUUCAUGCGAUUCGCUCCAAUCCAAACGAUAACCAAAUCCUCAGUAUUUUACGACAGAGAACGACCGACAUUGAUGUGAAGAAGUACUGCGUGGAUUUGAUGGCCAAGAAGGGAUCAUUCGAAUACACCAAGACGAAAUUGAAAGAAUUGGAAAAAAGUGCCUAUGAUCUCAUUGCUGAACAUGGCGGAAACAGACAUUUGGUUGCACUUGUAGAUGAACUUAAAAAAAUCUACCAAGACAACAAUUGUUAGUGACAUCAUCAUUUCUCGAGUACUGAUUGUCACAACUGACAUUCCACCACCAUCUGGCUUGUAUUGCAGGCAAUACCUCAUCAGUUUAACAUUGGUUGAAUACACAGUUCAGUGUUAAACAGCAUAGCUAUACCACUGAAUUGAGUUGGUUUUAUACAGGCAGUACAUAGAAUACGUAGACCUAUUUUGAUAUAGCUCUGCCAAUUGGCAAAACAGUAUAUAGGUUACAGUUCUAGAGUCACUAGGUUUGUAAUGUUUGGUGCACUGAGCUUUCUCCAAAAACCUUUUAAUUAGUCAUUAGCCAAUUACAGUAUUUUUUUUGUUCGAUUUUAUGUUUGGUAGUAGUGUUGGCUAGAAGACUUUAGAUUCAGGAUUUCAUAGUGACUUAAAAUCAUGUAAGAUAAAUCUGGACAUUUUGCUUUGAACCUGAUUGUGAGAAUGCAGGUCAAACUUGUGGUGAUACAUGUAUUUGACCAUUUCUCAGGUACUACCGGGUAUUUCUAUGAACAUUGACAUGUCUGUUGUUCACUAUUGUAAGAGUAAAAGAUGUCUGUGUGUUAAAUGUUAAUUUAUUUAUGUAAUUAAAAUUGUGCAAUAGAUAUUACUGAAGAAUCAAAAUAUUCAUUAAGAGUAUCCAAGAACAUAUUGUUUGGGUUAAUGGUGAUUGAUCUAUACACAAAUAUUAGUCUUUGUAAUAUAUUGUACAAUAAUAAUGAACUUCUUCUCCAGUUAGUUUUAAUAUAAAAUUAUAAUCCAUAUAUGGAUUUCUUUCUUUUUUUUAAUUUCUUUUUUAGUAUUUUUUUAUAUAUAUGUAAUGCCUUCUGAUUCACCUACAUGAUAUGUUUUUGUUACAACAAACUGGUGUUGGGAAUCAGUUGGAAUCAGUUGGAAUCAGUUGAAAUUUAAUCAUCGAUCAUUGGUUAUAAUUGAUUUGCAUUAACCAAUCAUCUUUCAAUUACACAAUCAGUCAGACUUAUAUUUACCUCAGAAGGAUUUGAAUUAUAAGGACCAUACAUAUGUUGUCAAGUUCACGGGAAUGGACUCUGAAACCUGCAAAUUUUAUUUUUAAUAACUGUUUAAUAUCUUUUUUCUUUAUGUACGCUUGAAAACAAACAUCAGUUUCAUCAUCUAACCUGGAGAAACAUUUAAGAUAAUAUUUUCCUACACAAUCAAUUAUGGAAUUUUAUAAUCGAUUAUCACAUUGAUUAUAAUUGAUUAUUGGUACAUCACAAAAACAACUUAGACUUUGUUGACUGAUGGCUCCAAGUUAUAUUGAGGACUGGGUUCCUACAGAGCCAGAAUUCAUGGAAUUUUAAAAUCGUAUUCAAGACUUCAAAAUGUCAUGCUAAUCUAACAGCAGCUGGAUGUACUGUCCUUUUAAUAAAUUCUCAAAUAGGAUGACCAGGAACUCCUUUGAUUCUAAACACGCACAAAUAGAUUUAAUUUUAUGGACAAUAGUAGAAUACUUGUUCCAUUUAAUUUCUGUUGCUGAUUUUGCUAGUAUGUUUAUACGAAACAGCCUUUUAUGCAGGUUUUCUUUCAAGAAAUCCACAAUCAUAUUAUCAAUGGUGAAAAGCAUUACAGUGGACUCUGCCUCAACCGGAUCACUGAAAUAUGUUGGUUUAGACAGAGUGCCUGUGUAGACAGAUUUCGUCCGAAGUUAAGGUUUUUGCAAUAUAGUGAUCAGAAAAUACUACUUUUGACAAAUCGGUAUAAUACAAUGCAGUUGAUCUUGCUACCUACACCUAUUACAACAGGUGUGGUUCAUUGUUUAUUAAGCCUUCAAGGAGUCGUGAUUAUUUCAUAAGAUUUUGGUGUCCCAAUUACUGUGGAACUGCCGUCGUUGUUUAAAAGGUGACCACCAGACCUGUCAACCUUUAGUCAAGACAAAGCAGGAGGUGUGUGUGGAAAAAGCAGGAGAUUUUGUCAAAAAACAGGAGAUUUUUUAACUUCACACAAUUUAACCCAAAAU